AUGCCGUGGCUCGAUCGGCCGUCGACACAUCGGAUCGUCUGGAUCGCCGCCUACGCUCUAAUCAUCGUACUGCUUCUGAUUGCCACCGGCGUCGUCAACAUGUGUCUGACGCCGCGUCUCGCCGGCAUUUGCGAUUUUCACGACAACAACGACACGAUUGGCGCACUUCAUACGAAAUGCGAUCCGCAGCGACGCGCGACACUGCUAUUCAUAACCUAUUGCCUCGUUCGACUCAUUUCCAAUAAAUUCGAGGCGCAUUUGGGAAGUCGGUUAAUGAAGCAGUGCGGUGUUCGCAACGCGUUUCCCGGAAGCCAUUUCGGAGCGGCGUUAGGUUUUCCCUAUCUUACCAGGUCGCUUUCCGCCAGCAUUCAACUCACCUCCUCCUCAUUGUUGUUCAUCGUCAUCAUUUUCGCGUCGACCUCGAUCGCGUUCUAUCCAUACGUCAAAGAUUUCGCCAAAUUGUGCAAAUUGAUCUACAACGCAAUUCAACGACGCCACUAUACGCAGAGCUACUCGCUAAUAUUCGCCCUCAUAAGCCUCUAUUUAUACUUUACCGUGAUUUUUAUUGAGAUUCUCGAUGUCUCAUUCGGCGCCUAUUGCCCGCAGAGCAUUUUCGGUUUGCCGAUCCUCUUCCCGAACGUCAAUUUUCCAUUGGUCCUCUACAUUUUCCACAUGACAAUUCUGAGUCAGCACAAAGUGAUGCCGGCGAUCAUUUACGAGGUCAACAAUGAUGAUUGCUUCAUUCAACUCAACCGGAUGAGGUGUAUCACGAACAAGGAUUGCCCAGAAAGAACCACCACCAUUCAGCGUCGCGCGCUAGAAGGCCGAAUCGUCCAAGUUCGGAGUAUUCGUGAUCUCGAUGAUAUUGUUCCCUGCAAAAUCUCGACAAUUGUCCGCAAGACGUCAUUGGCAGUGAUGAGCAUGAAAUGA